AACCCUGCCGUCCCUCCUCGCACGUUAGAAUAUAGCCUGUCAUGGCUUCCUCGAACGUCCCGCCCUUCCACCGCCUCCUUUCCUUCUACUCGAACCGCAAUCCCCACGACUCACAAACAAUCCGACUCCAGGACUCCAUAGCUGGAAAUCUUGCGCUUGGCCUGGACUUUCCUGUCGCAUUGGCUGUGGCUAUUGGUCGACAUCUCUUCUUGAAGAAUAAUGGGUUCUUCAGCUUGCAGAUUCAUGUCCCCAGCGUGUCGUGGAAGACGACUCCGUUAGAGGGAUUGGAUGUGGAUGAAAAGAAAGGGUAUACUUGCAGUGAGAUUGCUGGAUUGGCGAGGGAGAGGCUUGGGGUCGUGGGCGUUGUGGAAGCUGUUGGACUGUGGAGUUUGGCGGCAGAUGUGAACACGGGAUUGUUGAGAGGUGGUGAUGUGGAAGGGUUCAAACAGGGCACAGUAUUUCGGGAACUGGAACGAAGGAGGAAAGAUCGGAGUCAGGUGCUACCACUGUGGAGAGGAGGACCGAUCAGUGUUGCAGGGCACAGCUGGGCUGUCGAGAAGAUCUGGGGUGUGCACGUAUAUCGCGAUGGAGAUGGUAAAGGAGAGUGAGGAGGAUGUGAGAGAGAACUUGUUGAAUCCUAGGCCGAACCCCCUAUGACCAUAUUUGCGAGCGACCGCCGGAUGCUAUGCAAACCCUCCAUUGCUAGCCAGAAUCUUCAUUGCCCGUUCCUGAGGACACAUCUUUGCUCCGCUGC